UAGCGACAGUACUGCGCGCCAGCGAACGGAGCCCGCAUCGAAGUCAGUUCUCGUCUCACGAUGGGACGAAGUCGUGGUAUUUUCUGGAUUUUCGUGCGGUUCGCGGCACUUGUGAAACCCAUCGUCGUCGUGUUCACCUAAGUUCACCGUCGUUUCGCGGAUGUGAAUCCUUGGCGUGGAGAUACGGCGUCCACAGGAACAGGACAGCCCCCCGGAGGAUUCGAAGCGGUUUCAGCGAGUGUGUGACACUGGGCGGUGUCAGGUUAGGUUUCGAGAAUAGGUGAAGAAAAUAAACCGCAAAACUGGCAGGCCUGGCAGGUUGCGUCUCGACGAUGGUCGACGAUGAGGAACAGGAGGAGCUUCGGUGUACAGGAAGCGACGUGGAGAUCGAGGAGUACACCGACACCGAGGACUCGCCAUAUGUCGCUUAUCAGGCCACCGAUAAGCUGUUCGAUACGGAUAGGGCGACCUGGCAAAAAUUCAGCUUCAUCGCCAACCUUCUGACCGUCGUCGUGUCCAUUACCUGUUUGAUUAUCACCUAUCCCCUUUAUCUCGAGAGCGUCAGCUACGUGUCCAACGCUUACACAGGACUUCUCUUCACUGCCUUCUGCUCUGCCUUCAUUCUGGGCGUAAUAUGCUUCGUCGCGGGAAGAGUGUCUCCACCACCAGCCCUGAUCCCGAACAGCAUGCGGAUCAAGAUCCCUCGUUGUGCUCUGCUCAAGAUCAGUCUUAUUUAUGCUCUGUCUGGAAUAGUAAUCACUCUCUCCUUGGACCGGGACAGAGUCCUAUGUCACUUGCAGGAUCCCAUAAAAGGCAUCACUUUGGUCUUUUCUCUGGUCUACUAUUUCUUCUUCUGUCGUAAAAUGAUGAGCUUGCAGAGGAUCUUCUCCAGCACUACGAUAAUUGUUGGUCUCUUCAUAAGCGUGGACUAUGGCCUGUGUGACGAGUUUCGAUGCAGAGGGCGAGAUGUUUCGGCUCAUGUGAGAGGAUCUUGGGGCGUGAAGGCUAUUUGGACGUUCGUUUAUGUCGGUUCCCUGGCUGCUUUCGCUAUGUUCUUCACUCUGCUAGAAGGCCAUUAUACCACUGAGCAACAAAACAUGUGUCAAAUAAUGGCGAGCCAACAGAACUCUUUUCUCUACACGGUGUCGAGAUUGGUGUCUUCGCGAGACAUCCGUCGACGAGGUUCUGAGGAAGAAGGAGGCAGACUACUCCACGUGACAGAUCCUGAUCCGACCAUAAAACCAAAACAUAUUCCAAAACCUCCAAUCCUUGAAACUCUCUUCUACAUUCACUUAAUCGCUUUCUUUGCCAUUUUAUCCAUGUCCUGGAUCGACACGUUGCCAGGAAUAGGCAGAGGUUUGUCUCCAGUGGAACUAUACCGUACAAUAGAGCACGGGCUCACAUGUCACUUCAAGAACACCGAAAACUGCUCAAAUAUUUCUACUCAUGGCUGGAUCUUCUUGAUAGCAUACAGUACCUUUGCGAUCUCUGUGUUGAACUUCCUGUCUAUAAGUGAGAGCGCUGUCUUCACCGUUGCUGCCGCCACUGUGUCUCUUCCGUUGUCCGGAAUCUGGUGGAGCAUUUACAAAAUGGACAUUCACGGUGGUUUCAUUACAUGGUCCCCCGGAGUAACGGGAGAACUGAUCUGCGCACUACUAGGUCUUCCCGUGGUCCUUCUAGGCCUGGGUCUCCUCAUCAGAUCGCACUUCCGCGACACUCAGCCCUGCUACUUGACUAUGCAAUCACCAGACGUACAAUGUGAACCUUCUCAAAGAUGAACAUCUUUCAGGAAACUAACUGGAGUCUUUGUACUUAACAUCUACAGCAUAAAAGAUCCAUAACAAUUGUUCUACAAAUUUUUGUUUAAACGUAUAACAAAAAAAAAAAAGAAAUCUAACGUCAAUAUUUUAUAGAAAUUAAAAAACGUAGGGAUAAAAAGAAAAAAAAAGAAGAUACACGGAGAGAAGCAUAUACAAGAACACGUGUAACGAGAGCUCUGGAAUCGACUAGAAGUAGCAAUCUAUUAAAUACCUUCAAACCAUAUUCAAUUUUGGAACAGAAUUGUGCCGUACCAAUUUCAGUAAGCUAAAUACAGAGACCCACAAGUACUGUUGAUGCUGAAAACUGAUUUUUGCUGCCUCUAGUCGAAGGAACGCCCUUUCCAGAGCUGGAGUAAAGCAUUCUAUACAUAGUUGUGAUAAAAGAGGUAACGUGGAGGAAAAUGAUAAUAUCGAUUGUCUCACGUACACGAAAUAGAAAAGAAACUACAAAACUGAAAGAGAAAGCGAGAGGAGGAGGAAGGAGAGAAGCGAUCAAUGUUUCCUAUGUAAUUUGCUAGCGAGAACAUCCGUCUAGCUACACAACGUUAUUGCCAAUUUAUAUUUUAUUUUGAUAACGAGAGUAUUUAAUAUUUUCGAAAACAGAGAACGUUCGAAUUACACGUGUUGAGAAUGUAUGUGUGAGUGAAUGUGUCAGGAAGGAAGAAACAGUAAUACAGAAAAUAUUUUAUAAAAACGAUAAAGUAUAAUUAGCGUGCACUGGAUUGAAAGUUGCAUAUUGUCGUGACGGACAUGCUUAGAUGUUAGGUUUCUCUGCUAUCGGUUGCCAUACUUCACGGAUUUAGCAACUAAAAAUGGAAAUCUAACGUCUCUGCAGAAUUAUUGCAGAACUAUUGAAGAAUGGAGAAGUUCGGUCUCCGUACUUACAGAUUUCUGAAGCAAAUUUUAAAAAUUUUAAGCAAACAUGGAUUCUAAAAUGUUCCUAAAACUCCGUAUUCGGACUAUAGCCAUUUGACGGAUAAGCACAAGUUUAAUGGAUGUACAAGAAGAGAAAAUGGCGCGGUUAAGUCUUCAAGCUUACGCACUUUUGGAUAGAAAAAUUUACAGGAUUUCGAUUUCAAAAAAUUUAUUGGAACAUUACAUUUUACGCAUUAUGUCCGAUAGCAAAGCAAUUCCCGGUUUCCCGCGAUUCUGUGAUUCUCCAUUUCCGCUUCAGGCACACACGAGUAUCUAGAUAAGUUGCCAAAGACGAAAGAAGAAAAAAUGUUGAACGUGUUGAUUUCUCAGUAUUAAAAAUAGAGUAUAAACGCGAAUGUGUGGAAGCACGAUUCUACGUGAAUAACGCACGAACAAAUUCGAACUAGUCGAAGAAACUUGCCUGGGACGAGUUUCUGCUCGACAGACUUUUUAAUCACUUCGUAACUAAUCUACGCGAUUUGUUAUGAAUUCUUUUUUAUAUUUUUACAAAAUUCAUUCGCUUAGACAAUUCUGUCUACGCUCUUAACAACUUUGAUUAUUUACCUCGAUUAUUGCUGCGUUGGUAAUUUUGUACUGCACAUACUAUCCACUACUAUUCUGUGUGUAGAGUGUUUCUAAAGAUCAGAUAGAUCCAUUAUUUUAAAUUAAAUUAAGUACCGAAUUUAUUUAUUUAAAGUACCGAAUAAUUAUUUAAAAUUUUUUAUUUUCAUCAGAUGUGUAAUGAUGAACAAAAGAAAGUUUAAAAGUUAAGUUAGAAAAGACUAACUUUACGAAACAAAACAAAACAUAAUUAGAGUUUUGUUUCAUUUACUGAUAUUAUAACAAUAUUUUUUGCACAUUAUAUGCAUCAUUGUUUAAAUUUCCCAUAAAUACUAAAAAAACUAUAGUACAAUUGUACUUGAUUAUUCUAAUGAAUGAGAAUAGCGUUGUAGUAGCAUGGUAAGAAACAUCUAGUCACUAGUAUUCAUAUACAUAAUUAUUAAUUCUAAACUUUCUUUUGUCAAUCAUUAUAUAUUUGGAGAUAUAUCUAUGUAUAUUUUGAACUUGUAAUUUAUACAGAUGUGUUCUGCAACUCAAACAAUUAUUUUAGAAAUAUUUCCAACCGACAACUCUGCAUGUACUUAGUUAACAAAGUCUUGUGGCAAAUUCUUACUUUUAUAAAUAUGAGCAAAGACAUCAUUAUGUUCCAUGUAACAUAUAUUCUAUUAAUUCUUGCACUUUUAAACUUUUCACAAAGUCUACUUAUGGUGGCUUUUAUUAACUUUAAGCUUUCAUAAGGGAAUCUUGUUUUUCUAUGUAUUUAGUAUUCAGCUAUUUAAUAUGCACUGUGUUUGAUCUUAGAUGAACUAGGGUGAGUCGUUUCUCCAUUACUGUCAAUCCCGCUCCUCCUUCUCCCUGGACUGGUCCACACAGUCCCAAAAACUGAUCAAAAACCGCUGUCCGCACGAAAUCAAAAAGACAAGAUGAUGUAUUCGGAAGUGGCUCAGAGGAGAAUUAUAAAAUUCGUGCCAAAAUAUAUGAGAAACCAAGUUUCUAGUCUUGUAGCGACUGUAACGACUCGUAUAAAUCGAUAGUUGAUAAGCAUUUAUUAGACCCGUACUGAAGAUAGUGAGAGAUACACAUAGGCAAGUAUUGCGAAUUAAGUGUAGUUUCGUUGUUGGCAGAUGUUGAGACGGUAGAUAUGUAAGAGAAAGAGGAAUAUUCGUUGUUGGAAAUAUGUCAAUCAUAUUCUAUUGCAGAAGCUAUAUACGUCCAUAUGACUUUUUUACACCAAUAAUAAGCGUUCCAAGUGUAAUUGUAUUAGGACUAUAGGAAGCAUGGAGUUUACAUGGUCUCUGAUGUCAUUGAUUCUAUUAGUAUCUCAUUAAAAUGUUCAUGUUGGUGUAACUGAAUGGGAAUAAAAUACUGAAUAGUAUGAUUAGAUUUCAAUUGGUAUCUUUGAAUCACAGAUGAUCUACGUAUAAUCAUAAGUGAUCUACAAUAGUUUAUUUUUUUAGUUUUAGGGUACUUUAUAUUUUAUACUUUAUUUAAUAAAGACUGUUAUUCCCAGUUAUCUCUUAGAAAUUUAUCACUGCGUUUUUGGUAAUAUAAUUUUCUCUAAAACUAUUUUCUGAUAACCACGGAUGAUCACCAUUUAUGUCCAUCCUUCCUGCAGUUCUGUCAUAGCUGCUACAAUAAUGAAAAACGAAAACGUAAGAAACAAUAAACGAACGUAUUACUAUUAUAUUAUUACACUAUAGACGCAACAUUUAAUCAUACAUAUAUACGUACAUAUAUAUUAAGAAGUAAAUCGUGCUAUACAAUUAACGAAAAAGACACAAGCAGGAAGCCUGUUCUCAAUUUGUAGCUUUCUUAAUCGACGAAACUGAGUUACAGACAAAGAAAAUGAUUCUAAACUUUUUUAAAGAGGAAACGCAAUGAACUCCGGUUCAGCAAGUAAGAGUAAAUUCAACAAAUGGAAACGAGAAACUUGCUGAAUCGGAGCGGUUACGCUUAGAGAAAACUUACGAACUUUAUUAAAAAACAAAAAAGAAAAAAAAGAAAAAGAAAAUAGAAAUAAAAUAAAAAUCCAAAAUGAAGUUGGGGGGGAAAUAACAAAGUAUUGAGUUUGAAUAAUUUAUUUUUUAGCGAAUCAUUUUCGUUGUGGCUCGAGUGUUCAUGAUGACUAUCUUCAUUGUGAAUGAUCUGGUCAACCCUUUCGGGCCUUCCCCUAAUUAUCUGAUACUAAGAUCGUUGUUCAAUUGCGCUUGUUGUUAUUGCCAAAUGUUGGGAAAUAAGGAAAUAUAUUCUGUGUACAGAUUAUCCAAACGCUGGCUUUCUGAUAGUAAUUUAUUUUUUUAUCAAAUGCUGACCCUGAAGGGUUGACCUUUCGUAAAUGCAUUCGCUGUUAUUACGAGUAUUACUUUAGAUGAAAAACAUAUUUUUUACAUUUAUUAGUACAUUUCGGCGUUUCAUUUGUUACUGUAAUUUUUGUGAAAUUAGGCAGCGUAUGAGUAAUAUCGUUUCAUUUUUCGUUUUAAAAAAUUUUAGGUUUAGCAAGUUAGGGAAAAUUGGACUGUUAUUGUUGUAAUGGUAACUGGAAAAAUGAGUUAUGUUUGUAUUAUGUUAUAAUGGCGAAUGUGUUGAGCAAAACGAAUAAAAAAAAAGAAAAAAACUGACUAUAACGAUCGAAGGAGAGAUAUUCAAACUUCUGUUGCAUAAAAGAGAAAAACAAAAGCGAUUGCAUCUGAUGCAAACUCGAAAAAUAGAUAAAUAUUGUUGCAUUUAUCUGGUUGGUUGUGGUUGAAUAUUUUUAUAAGAGGAUCGUAGUGCGUUCUGAUACUGAUUAUAAUGGUAAAUUAUAAAUUAUUAGCACGCGACAUGCUAAACAUUGCGAAACGAGAAACGCGUAUUUCGCAUCUCUUUCAGAUAGACGCUUUACGAAAUUUAACAAAAGAAAAAAAAAAUUACUAUUUACCAGCGAUCAGCAGUGCCGUAUAUAUGUAUAUAUAUACACACAUAAUCUAUAUAUAUAUACACACACAUACAUACGUAUACAUAUAUAUAUAUAUAUAUAUAUAUUUAUACUGGGUGUCUUCCCCGUGGAUAUAUAACGUUAACUAUGAUAUUUCCAAUCGUAGCUUGUAAUACAGUAGAAUCUUUGACUUCCGGUUUGCCAAACGAAUUCAUUAUUUAGAAAUUUGUCACUAAUUUUUUUUUUUUUUUUUUAUCUCCUUUUGGAAGAAUUUUUUGAGUUUAAGUUGUUAUAUAAUCAAAAAUUAGAAGAUUUAAUAUUUCCUUUAGUACGGAAGAUUUCAGUUUUGAUUGAUGAAAAUACUCGGAUCUUUUAAUUAAAUUGUAGAAUUCUUUUUGCAGCCAGGAAGUUGGAACUUUUAAGUAAGAGAAAAUUCGAAAUCUCGACGAUGGAAUGCAAUGAAAUUAAUAUAAAUUUAUCCCUGCGAAAAUAUGGAGAAAUGUGCUUUUAUCGAUUUCGACUUAAAAAUUGUAUAACAUUCUUGUAUAAUAUUUUAAUAGACCCAACGUUUUAAUUUUAAUUCAUCAUUUCUUUAAUUUUAAUUUAACAUUGAAAUUGCGUUUAAUGUAGCACGUAGCACGUUUCUCCAUUAAAAACGAUAAUAUUGAAGAGAGAAAAUUUUACAAAGGAAAAGGAUCAUCAAGGAUAAUUUGAUAGGAAGAAGAAGGAAAACAUUUAUAUGUCCAUGGUCGAUGUUUGGAUUCAUAAUUACGCUCAAUAUAUUCACUAUAUUCAACAAUUAUGUACCGGAUUGUAAAUGUGUUAAUACAUACAUACAUAUAUAUACUUAUAUAAAAAAAAGUCGUAUAGAA